UCUUCAACGCAACGGUAACCGAUCUUUUCCUCGACUCCGUUUGUCGUUUUCCUCCCCAAAUUCCUCAUCUUCGAUCUUCAUGUCGUCGUUUCCCGGAAUCCAAGACCAGAUCCUCGAGGUCACAGUGGUCGGAUGCAGCAAAUUGAAGGACACCGAGCUGUUCUCGCGGCAGGAUCCCUACGUCUGUCUCGAAUACGCCAAUUCCAAGUUCCGCACUCGCACCUGCACAGAUGGCGGAAAAAACCCCAACUUCCAUGAGAAGUUCCAGAUUCCUCUCGUCGAAGGCUUGCGGGAGUUGAAUGUCACGAUCUGGAACAGCAACACCUUCACCGCCGAUGAUUUCAUCGGCAACGGCAGGAUUCAAUUGCACAAGGUCCUCUCCCAUGGUUAUGAUGACAAUUCUUGGCCUCUGCAGACCAAACAUUUGAAGUUUGCUGGAGAGGUGAAGGUGAUCAUGCACUUUCAAACCACAUUGCAGCAAAGCUCUGCAGCAACCUCUCCAUCUGCCCCACCAUACUCACCAGGAACACCAGGAACACCACCACCGGCAUAUGCCCCAGCCUAUGCUCCAUAUGCACCGGGAGCUUAUCCUGCAGUCAGCAUGUAUGCAUCGUAUCCUUUUCCAACUUCCAGCUAUCCGCCUCCUUCGCAAGUCUAUGCGACACAAGCUUAUCCUCUUCCUUAUCAGACGCAGCCCAACUUGCUGCAGUACCCUCCUCCAGCAGCACAGCCUUAUUACCCACCAGGGUCUUACCCUGGUGCUUACUAUCCACCUUAUUGAGCGAUUGAUGCUAUAAUGUCGAAACUCAAUUCUGUCUGCCAAGGUUGGUAUCCAUGUCUUUGUGUGCUCCUCUUUGUCUGGAAGCUAGUAAGCAUAUUUGCUAACUAUAUCGUUCUGUUCAUGAAGAAAUAUUCCCGUUUGCCCUUGUUCAAGUAUUGUAUCUAUCAUUCUUUUGUAAUUUACAUCGAAGCAAAACAAUGUCUAGUAGACGAAAUCCUUUAUAAAGUUGUGUAAUUUGUCUAUAAUCUUGUUUUUU